UGAGCAGCCGCCGCCGCAUCCGGGGCUCCCGUCUCGCCGCCGCUCGCGCUCGGCCAUGGCGGAGGCCUCGGUCGGCAGGCAGAGCCCGAGGGUGGUGUCGUACCCAGCGCGCAGCCUGUGUCCCGGGGAGCCCGGCCUUCAGAGCGCAGCAGUUGUGUCCAUGGGUUCAGCUGAUCACCGACUGAACCUGGCGGAGAUCCUCUCACAGAACUACGGCGUGCGGGAGGAGAGGGAAGAAGGGGAUGAUGCUCAGGAGAAGCAGAAAUCUUUAGAAGAGCUGGAGAAGAGUUUCAGUGCCUCUCAGAGCAGUGAAAUGCCGUUUGAGGAGCUGCUCGCGCUUUAUGGCUAUGAGGCGUCUGAUCCCAUCUCGGAGCAGGACAGCGAGAGCAAUGACAUCACUCCCAACCUCCCAGAUAUGACUCUGGAUAAGGAACAAAUAGCGAAGGAUUUGCUUUCAGGGGAAGAAGAGGAGGAGACGCAAUCUUCAGCUGAUGAUCUCACUCCAUCCGUCACGUCCCACGAUGCAUCAGACCUAUUCCCAAACCAGCCUGGCUCAAACAACUUCCUUGCUGAUGAAGACAAAGAGCCGUGUUCGUCUCCGUGUGCUUCCUCCAUGGCUGAGGAUUCAGAGGAGGAUUCCAUCCCAUCCAACGAGUGUAAGAAGGAGAUCAUGGUUGGACCUCAGUACCAAGCCACGGUUCCCAUCCUGCACUUCAACAGGCACAGUGAAAAAGCCUACGAGAAUGAAGAUCAGCUGCUUUGGGACCCAAACAUACUCCCGGAGAGAGAGGUGGAGGAGUUCCUGUACCGCGCGGUGAAGCGGCGGUGGGACGAGCUGGCCAGCAGCAGCCUGCCCAAAGGAGAGGUGGUGAAGGACAACGAGCAGGCUUUGUAUGAGCUGGUUAAAUGCAACUUCAAUGCAGAAGAGGCACUGCGGAGGUUACGGUUCAACGUGAAGGUUAUCAGAGAUGAGCUUUGUGCCUGGAGUGAAGAAGAGUGUAGAAAUUUUGAGCACGGCUUCAGGGUCCAUGGGAAGAACUUCCAUCUUAUCCAAGCGAACAAGGUCCGCACCCGGUCGGUGGGCGAGUGUGUGGAGUAUUACUACAUGUGGAAAAAAUCAGAGCGCUAUGACUACUUCACUCAGCAGACGCGUCUAGGAAGGAAGAAGUACGUCCUCCACCCUGGAGCCACGGAUUACACCGACAACGACUUGGACGGGGGUGAAGUAGAAAACGCCAGCCGUUCUCGGAGCUCGCCACCGAUUCCCUCUGCGACGAGAUGCCUGGAUGCUCAUUUCGGUCAAGAUCAGCUAGCAAUAGAGAGCACAGAGCCCCUCAGCGUGGAGAGCACGGCCUGCAGCCUGGGCAGCAUCAGUGAAUCGGGGCAGGGCUACGAGUGCAGCACUCCUUCCGAGACCAACUGUUCCUUCGACCCCGCGGAGGAGUCGUCCUCAGGCACCACCUCGGCUCCCUGCACGCAACGCGCUGCCAGCCCCGCGGAGACGGGGCUCUGCGCUUUGCCGCCGGCAGGACCAGGACUAGCAGAGAAGCAGGAGACGUUACAGAGCUCUGGCGAGACGAUAACCAUGGACUUCACGCUCCCUGCAGACACUAACGAGGGUUUGCCUUUAACUGCUGGCCCUAUGGAUUUGGACAGAGAGCCAGAGGCGGUGGUGGCCCCUGCGCAAGUGUCCUUAUCGGUCACAGAUUUUGGCCUCAUUGGCAUUGGAGAUGUAAAUAGUUUCCUGACUGCGCAUCAGGCCUGUCCAGCACCGGUGGCUCGGUCGGAGCCGCUAUCGCAGUGAGAGUCUCCAGUCACAAACUUGUCACAGACCCAGCAAGGACUUUGACCCGACUGAGUGAAAUCCUGGAACUUGCAGCGUUCCAUGAGGACAGUUUGGAGCUGUUGGUCAGAAUCCGUCUUUCCGUUCUUUUGAUCCAAGGCUACAGUGAAACCAAACACCUUUCUGCUCCGGUGUGUUCUGAUGCCAUCACAGAGAGCUGGUGGCUGGGGGUAGCGAGGGGGCAGGUCUGUCCCCUGCUGUCCCACUGGCCAUGUGUCACCCCAGGUAAUUCCAGGCUGUUGGGAGAGCCCCUGCACUUGGGACACGGGCAAUGUCCCUUGGCCCCAGCGGGACAGUCUGAGUGCAGAGGUGCUUUGAGAAUGGGGAUGUAUCACCGGCGUGCCCGGGGCUGGGAUGGAGGGCGCAGCCUGAGAGCUCAGGGGAUGCGCAGAGAGCGGAGUUGUUCCCGUUUCCCUCCCGUCACCCAUCCUGUCCCUCACUCCUGAGCUGUGACAGGCACACGCUGCUGCCGCAACCCUCCCGCAGCCGCCGUGUCCCCUGCGCGCUCUGCCACCCGCUGCGGGCGGGACGUGGCCUGUCCAGCCUUUGACAGAAGCGUCAGGUCCUGGGAAGGGACACUUAAGGCCUUCUCACCUUCCCUUGGGCCGUGGGGCACGUGUGUGGGGAGUUCAGGGAGUUUGUAGAUGCACAGAGCGGCGCUGGCCCCGGAGCUGCGCGGUGCUGCCGCCGCGGUUCCUGCGGCGAGUGACUCGAUCCCUGCUGACCGCCACCGUGUGAGAGGGUAAAAUGCAGAUGGAAACGUCUGUAAUUCACAGUUUGCUCAACCGAUUUGUCAGCUGUGGGAGGAGGUUGCUCCGUCCCAAGGCACCGCAUUGAGGGCACCAGCGCUCACGCAGGGUCCCAGGCAGGAGAGCGCAGCAGUCCCCGGGCAUCCCUGCCCUGUUCUGCGUCACAAGAAAGCAAGCUCUCUGUUUUCUGAGAGGAAAGUAAUGUCUUCGCUGCCGCCAGCGGUGUUCGGAGGAGAAGACACGGGUGGCCCCGCGUGGCAGCGAGGUGGCACGUUCGGGUGUGCUGAGGCCGGAGCUGCUUCACCUCCCGGCUGUGUUCCAGGUCUGGGCUGAAAUCCACGUGUCUCAUCCCCCUGUCCGCGCAGGGAACGUGUGUGCGGAGCGAGGUCUGACACCGAUGUUCCUUCCUCCAGCCGUUUCCUGCACUUGGAAGGGGUUUGGGUUGAGGUUUGUUUGGUUUAGUGGAGGCCUUUGGGCUGCGACCCUGCGGUUGAUUCUGCUGCUGCGGCACAUGGAAGACGACUGAAACCGUUAGCCCAGAUCGCCCCUUUACGCAGCCCCGUGAUGUCAUGCAGCACCCACAGCUUCGCGGGACGGCAGGAUCAGACCCCGUCCCUCCUCGACCAGCCCCGUUUUGGGUGCAUUUGCAGGAGUUUGCUGCGGCGCCGGAGCCGCCUUGUCCAGCCAGCGUGAGAACUGGGGCUCCCUGUGGCUGCGCCCGCUUGUUGGAAACAAAAAGCAACUCCACAGUGGAACUGCCCGGUGGGAUCCCCCUUUUGUGGGGGAGAGGGGGUGAGCGCACGGGCAGCCCUCCCAGGGAGGGCCAGGCCUCGGCAUCUCCUCCACCAGCCAAGAACCUUUCUUAAUUUUCCCAAAACCAUUUUUGCUUUGGUUUAUUUCAAGCCCUAACGAAACGAGAGGUGAGGCUGGGGGAGGCAAAACUGUCUCUUAUUUAUGUUUUUCAGUGUUGUUUACAGAUUCAUAUGGGGUCUUUCAAUACGAGUGCGGCGCUUUUUCCACAUAAUGUUAAAGGAGCGGGUGGAAAGGGCUGGGACAGGGAGGGGGAGUCGCUUGGGGAGGAGGUUUCAUUUUGCUUUUUCGUUGGGGUUUUCUUUUUCCUUCUUACAAAGCACAUUCACUUUGAGCUGCUCCCAAUGCUGGACUCUUUACCCCAUUCCCCCCCCAAGCCCUACACUGUGAAGUGAUACUGCCUUGAAGACCCCUCGCCGUUAUUUAUUUAAUUAAAAAUGUCAUUUGAAAACGA